AUGUUUCAUCGAUACAGCGUGGAGAAAGUUCGCAGCAGCGCCUUGUUUCACAGGAAAGAGAUGAUCCGCAGACAGUUAUUUGCUUCUCCAAAAAAUCAUGCAGUGGAGAAUUUGAAUGUUACUCCAUCGUUACGGCAAGGUAGAAGUUCACAGCACCGAAAUAUACAGCGGAAAAGGGAGGCACUACAGCGAAAGAAUGGUUUAAAUCCUUCUUUGCGGUCUGCUAUAGCUUCUCCGGCAAAUCAUGUAGUGCAGAAUUUGGUGCAGGAGCUGUCUCAGACUGGGUAUGAAAUGCAGAUGUUGAAUGUUGAUAAUUCUGUCACAGUGAGUGUUUGUCCUUCACUGCCAGUUCAGGAGGAUAAUGUUCAGUUUAAUACGCCUUUAAAGUGUCUAUUGAAUAGGCAGUCAUCACCAUCUUCUUUGGACUCUACUUUUUGGACUGAUCAUAAUUAUGUUAAACAACCCUCUGCUGGUAUAUCAUUGGAUGAUGACCAAGGUUUGUUAAAACUUUCAGAUUCUCAGAGCAGGGGUUAUGAUUCGGAGAAUGAUUUAACAAAGAGUUCAGGAUCUUUGGGCGGUUAUUCGCCAAAUUCUGAUAUUGAGGUUCACUCCGUGGUUAAUCGUCCAGAGGAGCUAAUUCCUUCGG